AUGCGGCGGACACCCUUAGUGUUAUCUGUCAUUGCAUUUUGCUUCAUCGCCUCAGUAAUUGCAAAUCUGAGUCUGCCUCCGAGGUUCAGCCUGCGCAAGCGUCUCCCACGUUCACUUGUAGACAUCCUUCACUUACGGCACGAACAAGGCCUGCAGGACGAUACUGAACUAAGAAAUUGGCUUUCCAAACAACAGCCGGUAAUGAACAAGUUGUUCUCUUCCUCGUCGAGAGAGGACGACAGUGAGAAGCCUGUCGUCUCUGAUGUUCUUCCCAAGAACCGUGCCAUCAAUAUAUUUGCUUCUCUCACCCGGCAGUUUGAGCCUAUUGAAUCACGCCUUAACGAUCCAUCCAAAAAUACUACUGUCCUAGCUCCUCGGAAUAGUGCUAUUCAAAGCUUGCCUCGCAAGCCCUGGGAGAACCCAGAAGACUACGAGAAGUUUGGUGGGGUGAGCGCCUAUGAAGGACAGGAAGGUGAAGAUAGAGCGAAGCAGAAUUUACAGCGUUUCGUGGAGGCUCAUAUAAUUCCAACAAGUCCAUGGAGGGAGGGUGAAGAGAUGGAGACGCUUGGAGGGGAGAAACUGAAGUGGAACAAAAAUGGUGAUAGGAUAUAUAUCCAACCGGGUAAUGUUGAGGUUGACAAUAUCGCCGAGACAGUGACAAAUGGUGAGCUUUGGAUUUUGAACGGUGUCAUCAACUACCGUUGA